AUGAGUAAAAAACUAAAAGAUUAUGAUAUUGUUGAAAUGCUAAAUGGUUACGAUUCAGAAUUGGAUGCUUUAGAUAGUGAUGACGAAAAUGGAAAUGAACUCGAUGCUCAAGUUGAAAAUGAUAUUUUUCCAAUUGAAGAACUUGAGAAUUUAAUGGAAGAUUUUAAUGUGGAACAUUCAGAAGAAAUAGAGUUGGAUCAGUUUGAAGAAAAUGUCAACAACAUUGAACAAGUAAAUGAAAAUGAUACAAGUACAUCACACAGUUCAAUUAAUAAUUUUAACUUAACAGAAAAAAAAGAUAUAAAAUGGCAAAGGAGUCCUUUCCCUAAUUUAAAUUUAAACAUGCAACCAAUUGAUGAUGUACAACCUAAAGUUUUAGGUUCUGAUAUGAUUGACCCUCCAAUAACAUAUUUUUCAAAAUAUUAUAGUGAUGUAGAUUUUCAAUUAAUGGUUCAAUAUACUAACAUGUAUGCAUUACAAAAAGGGAAACCUUGGAAAAAUACUGACAUAAGAGAAAUAAGAAUAUUUAUAGGUCUCCAUAUCAUAAUGGGUUGUACAAAAUUUCCUAGAAUCAGGAUGUAUUGGAAUUUGGUUUUGAAAAUGAAUGUAUUUGUUGAAAACAUGAAUAGAAACAGAUUCUUUGCUCUUAGAACAAAUUUUCAUGUCAUAGAUAAUUUAAAAAUUAGUAAAAACAAUAAUGAUAAAUUUGUAAAAGUUAGACCAAUGUUUGAUUGUUUAAAAAGAAGAUGUGGACAAUUAAAUAUAGAAAAAAAUGUAAGUAUUGAUGAGCAAAUGAUUCCUUUUAAAGGACAUUUGAACAUAAAACAAUACAUGAAAGGGAAACCUUGCCCGUGGGGAAUCAAAAAUUUUGUCAUGUGUGGUGCUAGUGGUCUUAUGUAUAAUUUUAUUUUAUAUCAAGGUAAAACUACAGAAUUUGAUCAAAAUUUUUUAAAACUAUUUGGAUUGGGAGGUACAGUUGUAUUAACUCUUGCUCAAACAUUGAAGAUCGACAAGCAUUUCCUUUUUUUUGAUAAUUACUUUUCUGGUUAUAAUCUCAUGGAAGCAUUAAAUCAAAACAAAAUGUAUGCAAUAGGCACAAUAAGAGAAAAUAGAUUUGCAAAACCUCCACUUUUAAAUGACAAAAUAAUGGCUAGUAAAGGGCAAGGUACGACAGAUGAAAUUACAAAUGUAGAGAAUACAAUUGCACUUGUGAAAUGGUAUGACAAUAAAAGUGUAAAUAUGUGCUCAAAUUUCAUUGCAUCAGGUAUUCCAGAUACUGUUCAGCGUUGGAAUAAAAAAGAGAAAAAAUAUGUUCAAGUGGAAAGACCUGAAGUAAUUAAAUUAUAUAAUCAAAGCAUGGGAGGCGUAGAUAAAUAUGAUCAACUAAUCAGUUAUUAUAGAAUAUUUUUGAAAUCCAAAAAAUGGACUUUGAGAAUGGUCUUUCAUGCAGUAGAUAUGGCUAUUACUAACUCAUGGUUGGAGUAA